AUGUGGGAUACCGCAGAGAUUUUCAAGUCUUCUCAGUCCGAGGAAGAAGCAGAAGGUGAGGAGGCCUUGAUGAAUCUGGCAAGGCGCUACAAGGGGCUGACAGUGAAUGCAUGUGCCCAUGCCAUCUUCUUCUGCAAACUUCUUCAUGCCUUCAGGCCGAGCAAGACCGAAAAGGGCUUGCCGACUUCCUUGGUGGACAACUGCGGCCUGAAGGUUGGGAUUAUCGGCGGGGGCCACCUUGGGAAGCAGCUGGCUCAAGUGCUGCUGAUGCUGAGCUGGGCUCCAUGCUGCAGUAUCCGCAUUUCUACUAGGCGCCCGGAAAGCCUGGCAGACCUGCAGGAGCAGGGGGUUGGGUGCCUUUAUGACAAUGCUCAGCUGGUGGCCUGGGCGGACGUGGUCUUCCUCUGCUGCCUCCCGUCACACAUGCUGACCGUCUGCUCUGUUGUUCGUCCUGCAAUCCGGAAACCCUGUGUUGUGUACAGCCUUGUCACUGCUGUCCCUCUCCGCAGGUUGAAGCAACUCCUUUCCUACAGUGCCAUCGUGAGGCCACAGUACCAGUGCUCUGGCAGGGAGCUCAAAAAUGAGUGGGGCAUGAAGGGGACAGUCACAGCUGCCCUGCAAGACCCUGCUGUUGUGCAGGCAACAUGUCCCUGCAGUUCCCAAGGGAAAAUCAGAGUCAACACCAAGUGGCUGGUGGCCAUUUUCUACGCAGCCCUGAACUGCAGCGUGUGGCAGAGCCUGCCUCACCAGAAGGCACUGAAAUUACUCAACGACCUGUGUUUUCCUGAACACUGCCCCAUCUGUGCAGAGCAGAAAACUUCCUGCCCGCAGUUUGUUUGUGAGAGUUUUGUCAACAAAACAUUUGCCUCUUCAAUGACUCAAGAAGAAACCUUCCCCUGGUUUGACCUGACAGCUGCACAACUGAGAGAGUCUCCCUUUAGCCAGCUGCUAGAAAACAGUGAGUCUGUGUGGAGCCAUCUCGCUUUACUAUACCAGGAAUCCUUUGGAGACUGGUCUACAGAGCAACAUAAACUAUAAACGGAGCCCAUGGCAGAAUGCUUUG